CAUUGUGAUUGGCCGUGCGUGACGUCUUAUGGAGAACGCGCGAAACUCUUCCUCUGUUAACUUUUUGGCUAGUUUAGAACUUUCUCCGUUUUUUGGUCAUUUAAAGAUGUUUUUCCGUGCCGACUAAUCUCCGGUUCCAGUACUUGUAAGGUUCGCUUUUGUACUGAACUUACGGUGAAGUUUUGCGUCGCUGUUCAAGUAGUUUAACACAUGACGGCGAGCGAAAGCAAGCUUGAAUGUUAAAUGUGUAGGUUGAAGUAGCAAACAAAGCUUGGUGAGAUAGUUGGGAAGCGGGCGCCUUCAUGUCGUCGUUGCUGCGGCAGCCGGGCUAUGAGGAGGAGAGGCUGCUAAGAGUAGCCGAGCAGCUGCCUUGCAGAGAGCUUCAAGCCGGGCUGCUCCUGUCGUUGAUGGGGGAGCCACAGCAGUACAGCUUCCCUUCAAUCUUCAUCUACGGUCAUCGAGCCUCAGGGAAGAGUCAUGUUGUCAACGUUCUACUCAAGGAGCUCCAGUUGCCUCACGCCACCAUCAGCUGCGUUGAGUGCGUUUCCAUCGCCCUGCUCUUCGAGCAAGUGCUGCUGACCUUUUUUGGGCGGGACGCUGCCGCCUCACUACCUCGUAGCCCAUCGAUGUCAGACUUUGUCCGUAUCUACAAGCAGCAUUGCUCCCUAUCUGCCGCCACGCAGACGCAUUACAUAGUGAUAGAAAAAGCAGAGCUUCUGCGAGACAUGGACGCUAAUCUCCUCCCAGCUCUCCUGCGUCUUCAGGAACUGGUGGAGGACAACGUGAGCGUGGUCCUGCUCAGUGAGAUCAUGUGGGACACGUUCAGGCCGAGCACAGGCUGCUUCGAGCCUCUUCUGCUCCACUUCCCUGACUACAGCAAAACUGAGCUGCACCAAAUUUUGUCUCGUGACAAACACCCGUCCUAUUCCGCUGACUUCUACUCUUCUUAUGUCAACAUCUUGCUGGGCGUCUUUUAUGCUGUCUGUCGGGACCUCAGAGAGCUUCGCCACCUGGCUGCACUCAACUUUUCAAAGUUCUGCGAGCCUUUGGCCGAAGGCAACGUGAAAGAGAGUGACACACACAAGCUUUGGCGAAACAUUGAGCCUCACUUGAAAAAGGCAAUGCAAACGGUCUACCUUCGUGAGGUGUCCAGCCUCCAGUGGGAAAACAUGCAAGUGGAGACUGAAGCCGGGCCUGUGAGAGGCUUAUCAGCGCACACACACGUCGAACUGCCUUUUUACUCCAAGUUCCUGCUGAUCGCCGCCUACCUGGCGUCCUACAAUCCCGCCCGCACCGACAAGCGUUUUUUCGUCAAGCACCACGGCAAAAUAAGAAAAACUAAAAACUUCCUGAAGAAGAAUGAGAAGACCAGCAACCACCUGCUCGGACCCAAACCGUUUCCUCUGGACCGCCUGCUCGCCAUUUUCUACAGCGUGGUGGACAGCAGGGUGGCGCCCACCGCUAGCAUCUUCUCUCAGAUCUCCUCUUUGGUGACGUUACAGCUGCUGACUCAAGUCAGUCAUGACGACCAGCUGGACGCCCCCAAGUACAAAUGUGCCGUGUCCUUGGAUUUCAUCUGCGCUAUAGCCAGGACGGUGAACUUUGACAUUGUCAAGUAUCUCUAUGACUUCAUAUGAGGCUCAAUGAUCCCUUCAUGGACACUUGGUUUGGAUUUAAUAGUGACAAGUGUUUGUUGCUGCCACCUUGUGGUCAUGGACUAAUAAAUCAUUUAACGUGCUGAAAA